UGGUUGACGAGACAGCUCAGAAUUUUCGAAAGUCCUUGAACAAAACCAGCCCAAAAACAGUGAAGAUUUGAAAGAAAAGUCAAGAUUGACGCGUUUGCCAUUUUUUGGAUGGAUGAGUUGCUGAUACUUAAACUCAGCAGAAGGACCUGAAUUGACAUGGCCAGGCUAGGAUUGAGCAAUAUCUUUUACUGCGUUGAAACCACAACACCCAAGACCAAGAGCCGCUUCUCAUUAUCUAGUUAGAGCUCCCGUUAUCUUGAGUCUUGAAAGAGCCCUAUAAUUGUCGUGGUUGUGCUACCUUCCCAACUUUUAAAAAUCAUGAACACAUAAUUAAUGAGAAGAGAAUAAAGUACUUGGAGAAAAAGUAACGGCUCCGAUCAAGGAAAUAUCUCGUAAUGGAAUGAGAAUAUGUCCACGUCAACCCAUCGUAGCCAACCAAAUCCAUCAACGGACGUCCGCUACAGUGCAUGCAAUGGCGGGACGAUUUAUACUUCGGCACAUGUCAUGCUUGAUCUAAUCUAAUCAGAUCGCUCAUGAAGCAGAAUCUGACUGGAUGCCAUGCUUUAGCGGAUGAUAUUUCUUUUGAAAAGCGGUUCCUGAUGCAUAUCAACCAAGCGAAAAUCACAGUCGAUAUUGUUGGUUGAAUUUCAGUCCUGUAUCGAAGCCCAAGGUAACGUUGAAAGUCUCGUAUCAUAGGCAGACGAUAUUGAGGACUCGUACGAAGAUUGUGGCUUAUCCAUCAGUCUACCAUUCCGCGAGGCACGCAAUUCCCGAUCAGGCAUCUUUGCACUGGCUGACUUUCUGAAUCCGGUCGAUGCGACACGAUGUUCCUGUUCCUGCGUCAUGUUGCCAUGAGACUAUGGCAUACUUCUGGUGUUGGUGCUCGGUGGCCCGACGUCGGCGGCAACUUGCAGAGCAAGUGGCGUGGCAGUGCAUUGCAUUGCAUUGCAGACUCUUGAGUCUUUGCCUUUCUUCGCUAUCACAAGAAUCCGAAACUCUUGUCUGGACACUAGAUAGACAGGCCACAGGUUCCAUCUGUAUGCAUAGUCCCAUAGGGGUCCUCUCUGCUGGUGUGUGGUGACUGGUUGUAACAGGUUGCUGUGAUGCAGAGCUGCUGGCUGGUACGAUAAUACAUGUGCUGUCCUGACUCCUGCCCCGUCCCGUCCAAAUAAGGCAAGGCACGUUCAUACAGUAGCGGGCAAGAUUGCGUCCCUCCCCUGUCAACACCCCCAUGGCAGAUCCUGGAAAGUUCUUUGUUGCGGCGUAAACAGAUAAAAGCCUCCGCUCCCCUUCUUUUCCCCUCUACUCGUCUCCUUUCCCACUCGCCGCGCCCUGUUAUUGAAGAAUUUGCCAGGUUCAAGAUAAACUUUCUGUCAAGAUUGCUUUUUUGAAACAUCCUCAAUUUGUACCCCGCUUCACCGCCUCACGAUGUCGGCACGCCCCCAAAACAUUGGCAUUAAGGCCAUUGAGAUUUACUUCCCAAACCAGUGUGUUGCUCAAGUUGAGCUCGAGAAGUUCGAUGGCGUUAGCACUGGGAAAUACACAAUUGGUCUCGGCCAGACCAAUAUGAGCUUCUGCGAUGACAGAGAAGACAUCUACUCCUUCGCCCUGACCGCCGUUUCAAACCUCCUCAGCAAAUACAAGAUCGAUACCAACUCUAUUGGUCGCCUGGAAGUCGGUACCGAGACGCUCUUGGACAAGUCAAAGUCUGUCAAGUCAGUUCUGAUGCAAUUGUUCGGAGACAACACCAACAUCGAGGGUGUAGACAACGUUAAUGCAUGCUACGGAGGAACCAACGCUGUAUUCAACGCUGUCAACUGGGUCGAGUCUUCUGGCUGGGAUGGACGAGAUGCGAUUGUGGUAGCAGGUGAUAUUGCGUUGUACGCAAAGGGUGCUGCACGCCCAACUGGAGGUGCUGGUGCCGUUGCCAUGUUGAUCGGACCUGAUGCCCCUGUGGCUUUCGAGGCUGGCCUUCGCGGAAGUUAUAUGCAACACACCUACGACUUCUACAAGCCAGAUUUGACCAGCGAAUACCCAAUUGUUGACGGUCACUUCUCCAACAGAUGCUACACCGAGGCCGUGGAUGCGUGUUACAAGGCAUACAACAAGAGAGAACAGACUCUCAAGUCCAUUCCCAAUGGUGUCAUAAACGGCACUAAUGGCCACACCAACGGUGAGGCCACCGACUCCAAGACUCCUAUCGAUAGAUUCGAUUAUAUGACUUUCCACGCACCAAACUGCAAGCUUGUCGCCAAGUCCUACGCACGCCUGCUCUACAACGAUUUCCUCACCAACCCCGCAUCCUCCACCUUCGCUGAAGUCCCAGCCGAGCUCCGUGAUUUGGACUAUGAAAAGUCACUGGCUGACAAAGUGCUCGAGAAGACCUUCAUGGGUUUGACGAAGAAGCGCUUCGCCGAACGAGUGUCACCUAGCAUCCUCGCCCCAACAAACUGCGGAAACAUGUACUCUGCCAGUGUAUACAGCGGUCUCGUCAGUCUGCUGAGCACCGUCGACAGUGCAAGUCUGCAAGGCAAGAGAGUAGGAGUUUUCAGUUACGGAAGUGGUUUGGCGUCGAGUUUGUUCUCUCUCAAGAUUGUCGGAUCAACAGAGACAAUCGCGAAGACAUUAAACCUCAAAGAGAGACUAGACGCCAGAACAGUCGUUGCACCAGAAGUCUACGACUCGGUAAGCACUAACCGUCCCCAUUCAUCCAAAUCAUAUGUCACUAACCAUGUGCCAUAGAUGUGCGAACUCCGAAAGAAGGCCCAUUUGCAAAAGAGCUACACACCCACCGGUAACCCAGACACCAUUGCCUCCGGUGUCUACUACCUCGAGAAGGUCGACGAUCUCUUCCGCCGCGAAUACAAGAUCAAGGCAUAAGCGAAACCAAACCAUCCAGCCAUCCAUCUUCUUUCUUGCUUGACGGCAUAGACGGUGUUUAGGGUUAGGGGGGUGCUCCACUUCAUUUGCUUGAUCUGCAUUCUAGAAUUGCCCACCGAAAUUUUAUUCCUUCGAUAGACCAUUGGCGACGACCUAGUAACGCGCCAUACAUAUGGGUUUUAAUAGGUUCCGAACUGCUUCUUCAUUGCUGGUUUUGUUUCGUCCGUCCGUCUGGGAUGGCGUUCAGCAGUUAGAUUAGCAUGAUUCGGACUGCAUAUAGCAUGGGGAACAAUAAAAGAUUCUCAUUUAUGAUCUGUUAAUUGAACACUAG